GUGUUUAUCUAUUCUUUUAUGUGAUGUGGCAUCGUCAACCUUCCAGUCUUAACCAGUUACAGCUUCUGUGCCUUUAAAGUACCCUUUGAACUCACUGCUCAUGUUCUGUUCCCUCCAGAUUUGGGACAUCCGAUCUCUGGAGUGUGUUCACGUCCUGCAGACUAGCGGAGGCAGUGUCUACUCCAUCGCUGUCACCAAUCACCACAUCGUCUGUGGCACCUAUGAAAACCUGAUCCAUGUGUGGGACAUUGAGAGUAAAGAGCAGGUGCGGACCCUGACGGGUCACGUGGGAACAGUGUACGCUCUUGCAGUAAUCUCUACCCCUGACCAGACCAAAGUGUUCAGUGCCUCCUAUGACCGAUCGCUCAGGGUAUGGAGCAUGGACAACAUGAUCUGUACACAGACUCUGCUCAGACAUCAGGGCAGUGUAACAGCUCUGGCCGUCUCCAGAGGGCGCCUUUUCUCCGGAGCUGUGGACAGCACCGUCAAGGUGUGGACAUGUUAGAAGAACUGUUUCUGUCUAGGAGUCCCUUCAACUUGUCUUUUUUUGUUUUUGUGACAAAUGGAGUGUGUGGGCUUUGACCUCUCCUCACCUGAUUGCAUUAUCUGUAACCGUUCUUCUGAUUGUGAUUCUCCAGCCACAGAUCAAUAACCACAGUUGUAGGAUUGAACUGCUUCUGAACUGUUUUAUGAAGUGUUGCUUUCAAGACUUUCAACGGGGUCAGCUGACCUCAUCACCAGUGCAUUAAGUGGCAAAGACGAGACAAUGUGCCUCAGGGUCGCACUUAUCGCUGCGACAAGCCAAUAUUGUUAUUGGACGCCAAGUCAGUGCAGGAAGCAGAGGAUGAGUUAGCCCUGGCUGCUUUCUGCAUGUUUAAGAAGUGAACUGAUGAUGCCUAAAUCAAACUUAAGAUGAGUCUAUGGGCUGGUUUCACAGACAGAGUGGGACAUUAAGUGUUCAUGCUUUUUUUCCUCACCAAAGUGGCUUUUUCCACUCAUAAGGUUAUGGAAUACAACUC